AUGUUGGCAAGAAACAGAUGCUUCAGUGUCCUAUUCAAAAAUUCCCGAUCGUUCAGUGCCCUGAAUUCUUCGGUAGGCUCAGGUCACAACAAAUGGUCAACUAUCAAGCACGGUAAGGCCAAGAAUGAUGCGGAACGAAACAAAAUCAACAACAAGUUUGCAAAUCAGAUAGCAAUGUCCGUAAAACUAGGCAACGGUAUUACAGACCCGACCAUGAAUAUCAGACUGGCCACCAGUAUUGAACUGGCCAAUAAAAACAAUGUCAGUAAGAAAGUGAUUGAAAACGCCAUUCGGAAAGGUUCCGGAACCAGCGGAUCGGGCAAGGACUCGAACGCGUCUGAGCUAUGUGUAUACGAGGGAAUGGGUCCCGGUGGAGUAGCUCUAGUGGUGGAGGCCCUUACCGACAACAAGAACAGAACGAUAGGUUUAAUAAGAAGUGCAUUCAAUAAGGCUAACGGCUCGAUGACUCCCACCCUGUUUUUCUUUGACAAACGAGGCUAUGUCACGAUACAGCCUCCCAGCGAGUUAGACACUGAGGACAAGGUGCUGGAAAGCGUACUGGAGAUUCACGGCAUCGAGGAUAUUACGCCCGUGCACGAAGACCCACAAGACACAGACUGUGAUACUGAAACUGAAACUGAAACUACAGGCCCUACUUACGAGGCGGUGACCGAACCAUCUGACACCAACAAGGUCGCUGCCCUCUUGAAGGAGCGUGGCUUCCACAUUAAGGACCUAGGCAUCGGCUAUAACGCCAAGCCGGACAUGGCCGUUUCCGUACAAGGCGACGAAAUCCUCGAGAAAUUACAGAAGCUGACCGCCGCACUCGAGGACAUCGACGAAGUAACGUCGUUGUACACCAACGCUAGCGACGCUGGCAACGCUUGA